AUGGACAACUUUAGCUACGCUGGUGGGGAGUUUGAUCACUUUAGCCAAGAAUUUGCACCACCUGAAGAUAUAUUAGGCGGUGGGUCUGCGGGCCCGCGGUCUGAGCAUGGGGAUCAUGCAGAAUCGAUGGAGUCGGGCGACCAUUCGCCAGGUCACGUGAACGAGGUUUUGUCGGAGGCCCACGGUGUUGAUUGCGAGAAACCAAAGUCGAAGCGCACUAGGGCAACUGGAGAGGCGUUAGAGCUGCUCAAGAAAGAGUUUGAUGUGAAUCCUAACCCUAACGCACAAAAUAGAAAGCGGAUCUCUGAGCAAACAGGCCUGCCUGAAAAAAACGUGCGCAUCUGGUUUCAGAACAGAAGAGCGAAGUAUCGGAAGAGUGACAGGACAUUUAAUCAACGCACAGCAGCGACAGACAUGAACCGAUUUGGAUCUAUCUCAGUGACUGUGGAGUACGACAAAGUCCCUUUGAACAUUAAUGAAAACUACUAUUUCUUGGAUGUAAAUUCCCUAACUGUGGGCAGUUGGAAGCGAUUGAAGAGUGGUAAUUUGCAUAGUGAAAGUUUCCCCAGCAUCAAGAGUAUGUCGAAUCUCUCGCCUACCUCUAUUAACACAAUAAUGUCCAAUGCUACCGAUCUUAUAGUGCUCAUUUCGAAGAAGAAUUUUGAGAUUAACUACUUCUUUUCUGCAAUUGCAAACAACACCAAAAUCCUUUUUAGAAUCUUCUUCCCAAUAAACAGUAUCGUGAACUGCUCCUUGAUUAAGCACUCGGAUAGCAUGAAGAAGGACCAGGAUGAUUCUAGCAGUGUAGUGCCGGAAACUACGUCUGAUACGGACCAUGUUUGCGAGUUGAAACUAAAUGUUUCAAAGCCACCAAAGUUUGCCGUGUAUUUUUCUGAUAUGAACGACGAACUAACUACUAACCAGUGGUCUAUUUGUGAGGAUUUCUCCGAGGGAAGGCAGGUUAGCGAUGCAUACGUAGGAGGUUCCAACUUUCCACAUAUACUCACCGGACUGGACAGAUCCAUUGAAUUUAUGAAUUCAUGGAUUUUGGAAUUUAAUAAUGCAUUUACAGUGAUGCAGCCGUCACAGCCCCAACCGCAACAUCUUAAUCAUCACCAACCUCAUCACCUGCUUCACCAUCAAAGUCAGCAGCCCUCAUCCCAUCCUGAGGACCCUGCACAGACAAUGGUCUUGCAACCUGAAUCUAACUCGUUAGCGCAGUCUUCCUUCUUUAGGAAUUAUGGGUCGCAUUCUACUGAUGACAUCCUCGAUAUACAAGGCACUGAUCAAUAUGAAUCCACUCAUACAACUAACACAGAGUUUACAAGCUCGGUUGCGGCAACGGUAGGAGCUAAUUUCCUAGCUGGACACUUGGCUGAGACACAAAUACCAAAGACUCCUGACUUUUUGAAUCAACACCCUGAGCUGCACAAUGAUGAUCAACACGGCUUAAAUAGUUUGUUGCAUUUCAAUGAUCAGCCUCAUACCAGUAAUCCGGAGCAGUAUUACUGA